AUGAAAGGCUUAUCCAGCAGCCGCAGCCACCACCACGUGGUGACCUGUGACCCCUCCUUGGACUCCAUGGGUCACCACAUGGACCACAAGCCCUACCUCAUCAGCCAAAUUGAGAACUCCCACCCGGCCGACCACUCAUACUACUCCCAGAGGAGCCCCUACCAGCCUGACUGUGUAGUGCCUUACGGGACCUUCCCUCGCAGACACUACAGCUCUCAGCAUGAUUCGAAGGAUGAGACUGCUGUGGUUCCCUACACUGGGGGAGGGGUUACAGCCAACAAGGGCCCGCGACUUCCCGUUUCCAUAUUGGAUCAGUUUGACCGGCAACUCCCAGGGCCUCGGGACGGUUACCACACACUGCAGUACAAGCGCGCCGCUGCAGCCUUGGAGCAACGGAGCGACAGCCCUGGCCGAAUUCGGCAUCUGGUGCACUCUGUCCAGAAGCUCUUCACCAAGUCCCACUCUCUAGAGGGCCCACACCAUGCUCAUGCCCAUGGCAAGGGCAGCAUCAAUGGAGGCAAGGCCAGUCCCGAUGGAGACCCUCCUGCUAUUCGGCACCGGAAGCGCAGCAAGAGCAGGGAACGCUGCAAGUCGGCAGAGCCCAAGAACAGGACGCCGCCAUCUGGAUACUGGAGCUCUGAUGACUUGGAACGCGAGGCCUGCCUGUUUCACCACGGACUACCAGGUGUCAUGACUAUGGGCCGGCACCCUGACAAGUCCCAGUCCCAGUACUUCCUGGAGGCAUACAACACCAUCAAUGACCAGGCGCUAAAAAACUCCCGCAGCAACAACGAUUUAGGAAAGUGCUCUACCUGCACAAGCAUACCGCUGAGUGUAGACGCUACACAGCUCGUGAAGAAGAGCUCGUGGUCGUCCUCUCUCACGGUGAGCAGAGCACGUCAAGUCUACCAGAAGGCCUCGGUAAAUGUAGAUAAGGCUGUAGUGAAAGCAGAGGCUUGUCAGCAGGAGCGCUCAUGCCAAUUCUUGCAGGUCCCUCAAGACGAGUGGGGGGGCUUUCCACUAGGCAAGGAUGAAGAUAUUCCAUGCAGACGUAUGCGCAGUGGCAGCUACGUGAAAGCCAUGGCGGAUGAUGACAGUGAAGACUCAGAUGGGAGCCCUAAACCCUCGCCCAAGAUGCAGGCGCGACGGGCUAGCUACCUCAAAGCCACCCAGCCAUCACUUACAGAGAUGACCACUUUAAAGAUCUCCACAGAGCACUCUCCAAAGCUGCAGAUCCGGAGUCACAGCUACUUGCGGGCAGUGAGUGAAGUUUCCAUCAAUAGGAGCCUGGACACCCUGGACCCCAAAGCUCUGCUAGCCUCUCCCCAAUACCGCUCGCGCAACGAGAGCUACAUGAGGGCUAUGAGCACCAUCAGCCAGGUGAGUGAGGUGGAGGUUAACGGGCAGAUCGAGGCAGUGUGUGAGAGCAUGUUCAGUGAAAUGGAGUCACAGGCAGUGGAUGCCCUAGACCUGCCCAUGCCCGGCUGCUUCCGCAUGAGGAGUCACAGUUACGUGCGUGCCAUUGACCAGGGUUGCUCGCAAGAUGAGGAAGGGGGGUCUCUGCUUCCAGCCUCCCCCCCACGGACCACCACUACUGUCAGAACCAUACAGAGCAGCACAGUAUCGUCUUGCAUCACCACUUACAAAAAGACUCCUCCGCCGGUCCCUCCCCACACCUCCACCAAGCCCUUCAUCUCCAUCACAGCCCAGAGCAGCACCGAGUCUGCGCAGGAUGCUUACAUGGACUGUCCCGUUACGCGGGGUGAGCCAGUCCUCCAUUCCGGUCUGAGCAAUUCCACUGAGAGCAUUGACAGCAUGAAAGCCCUGACGGCAGCCAUCGAGGCAGCCAAUGCUCAGAUCCACGGCCCAGCCAGCCAGCACAUCAGUAACAGCACUGUUACCAUUAGCACCAGCCCCUCUCCACUUCCCCUGCCUCUGCCAGUACCCAUAGCCAUACCUGCCAUGGAUGACAUCCGUAGGGAUGUGCUCAGGAAGGGCAGAUGCCUUUCUAUUGGCAUCCAGGUGAGUGAGAUACAGGAAGAUUUCCAGUUACUCUUUGAGAUGUUAUGCCAGAAAGCACAUAAAAAAGGGGAACAAGAGGAUCAGUCCAAGUUUCAGUCAGUGGGAAUUCAGGUUGAAGAGGAGCAUGGUCACCGGCGGUUCAAGCGCUCUAACAGUGUAACAGCAGCAGUACAGGCUGAUCUGGACACUCCAGACUAUACACCAGCUGAUUCUCCUGUCACAGAUUUCCCCUCUUCAGGCUGCAUGUCACGGCAGUACUCGCGCGAUGCCGCCACCUCCACCGUCAGCAUCCAGGGCUCAGGGAACCACUACCAUGCCUGCACAUCAGAUGAUUUUGAGGAUGUUGGGUUUGACCCCUCCAUCCUGCCCCCACCUGACCCGUGGAUCGACAGCAUGACGGAAGACCCCUUGGAGGUCGUGGGCCACUCAGUGUGCCAGCGUGAUGGUCGCUGGUUCCUCAAGCUGCUGCAGGCGGAGACAGAGCGCAUGGAGGGCUGGUGCAAGCAGAUGGAGCAGGAUGAGAGGGAAAACAAGCUACCUGAUGACAUCCUGGGAAAGAUCCGCAGUGCAGUGGGAAGUGCACAGCUGCUUAUGUCUCAGAAGUUCCAGCAGUUCAGGGAGCUGUGUGAGGAGAAUCUGAACCCAAAUGCUCACCCACGGCCAGUGGCUCAGGAUCUGGCAGGGUUCUGGGACAUGCUCCAGCUCUCCAUUGAGAAUAUCAGCCUCAAGUUUGAUGAGCUGCACCAACUCAAAGCCAACAACUGGAGGCCCCUCGACAUCCCUGAGAGAAAGGAGAGAAGGCUGCCUCCCCCAGUGCCAAAGAAACCCCCGAAAGGUCACCCUCCACUGGCCAGAGACCGCUCGCUGGAGAGCACCGAGAAGCAGCGUCAAGAGGCACGCAAGCGUUUGAUGGCGGCCAAGCGAGCUGCUUCGGUGCGGCAGAACUCAGCCACAGAGAGCGCAGACAGCAUCGAGAUCUAUAUACCUGAGGCCCAGACCAGACUAUGAGACUGCCAAACACAAAUACACACUCACACACAAACGCUCAAGUGAGCAGAGCACAUCACACAGAUAUGUGUUUGCCUAAUGCUAAGAUCACUGUAUAUUAGGAGCAACUACACCAGCACCAUGAAAGCACAGUAGUAGUAGUAGUAGUAGUAGUAAUAGUAGUAAUUUGACUUUUCAUUAAAAGAGAAAAAGACUUCCAACGUAGACAUACAUCAUAUUUCCAUGACCCCAAGCCAUAACUAGAUCAAUCACAGGACACACCAUUUGGAGCCCAGUUAAUUUAUAUAUUUUUAUUUUAUUUUAUUUUUAUUUUUUUGCAUGUGUGAUUACAUGUAGUUUGUCUGUAAACAGCACACUCCACGAAUAUGGAUACUUUUGUAUACUUUUGUGUACCAUGAGUUUUUUUUUUUUUUUUAAGCAUUAGAGACACAAAUCCCAUGUUUUUGUUGUGAGAACUAUUAGACAUAUUAGAUAAACUAUUAUCUAAAAUAUCUUGACUGUAUCCAACAGUUAAAAUUGUAACAGUGUCAUAAUUGUGACAAUCUAUUGAACUUGUAUUCUAUUUAAUUAGUUUUUUUUAAACAGUGUUUAGUUACUAGUAUUAAUGACCAAAAAUGCAAUAUUCACCUGGAUUCCACAUUUUGCAUGCAACCAUGUUACUGCAUUUUUGCUGUUACAAAAAAAAAAAAAAAAAAAAAAAAAUAUUACAUUGCUUACAUUUGUUAUACCCAAGAAGCAACAUUAUUUGGACCAUUUCUACCACAUUGCGGAAAGACAAGUAAAUAAUAUAAUUUAUUAUUAUUAUUUUAUUUUUUUCAAUUAUAAAAUGUAUACAAAUUGUAUGUUGGCUGCAUUU